UGGAGCUUCGCUUUGUUCACCUUGGUUUUGUUAUCUUCUUCGCCAAAAGGACACUUGGUUUUCUCUACCAGUUGGGCUUUUUACAAGGUGCUUUUUGUUCAGUGUGGCUAACUUAACACUUGUAUUGAGAAGGUCGAGGAACUGAAAAAUGAGAUUGAAUGACUCAAGGCCCGAAUUCCUGAUUUGGAGGCAAAUAUUGAAGCAGCAGAAAGAAGUGGGAAGGCGGCCACGAUUGAAGCGCAACAGUGGUUCAAUAGGGCACGAGAAUUGGAACGUGAAGCAGAUGCAGUAGUCCAAAGAUACAACCAAAACAAGUGUUGCUUUGGAAGACUGUGCCCAAAUUGCCCCUCCAACUACAAGUUGGGUAAACAAGCAACAAAGAAACUAGCCCAAAUCACCACUCACAUCGACAGGGUAGAUACUGUGACUUGGAGCAUGGAUCGAGCACCGCCAUUUGGGAGGGAGAUGCCUACAGCUUCAAUCACAGGUCAGUCAACAUUUGAUAAAAAUGUAAAUAAGAUCCUUGAAUGCUUGAGUAAUGAUGAAUUCGGUGUGAUUGGCAUUCACGGUAUGGGUGGGGUUGGAAAGACAACUCUCAUGCAUGAAAUCAAUAAUGGUGUAUUACAAAAUCGAGAAUUUAAUAGAGUGAUAUGGAUCACUGUAUCAAAGGAAGAUGUGAAAAUAACUAGAAUUCGAAAGGAAAUCAUGAAAAAAUUGGGCAUGACAGUUGAGGAUGAAGAUAUGAUUGUCGAGAGAUUGUUUUCUGCUCUAAAGGAACAUAGAUUCAUGCUUAUAUUAGAUGACUUGUGGGAAAAGUUGGAUUUGAAUGUUGUAGGAGUCCCUCGCCCAAACCCAGAAAACAAAUCCAAGGUUGUAAUAACCGCCCGAGCAUUAAUGGUGUGCAAUAGGAUGGAAACUGACCAUGAUAUUAAAGUGGAUGUUUUAAUAGAGGAGGAAGCGUGGAUCUUGUUUCGUGAAAAAGCAAGAAAUGUGGUGGUAGGUCGCCCUUCCAUAGAACCCAUGGCUCGUAAGGUCGUCAAAGAAUGCGCAGGCCUGCCACUCGCCAUCAUCGCAGUCGGUUGUGCGUUGAGAGACAAGGAUAAUGUGCAAGUGUGAGAGAAUGCACUAAGGGCUUUACGGGAAGCAACAAUGGAGAUCGAGGGCAUGGAACGUGAAGUGUUUGUGCCAUUGAAGUACAGUUAUGAACAAUUACAAGAUGAAAACAUUAGGCAAUGUUUCUUGUAUUGCUCCCUAUUUCCAGAGGACUACGGAAUUCGUAAGAAUGAAUUGGUAGAGUGUUGGAUGUGCUAGGGACUCGUAGGCACAGUGGAUAGUGUGGAGGAUGCUAGAAACAAAGGUCAUGCUCUAAUUGAAAAGCUGAUCGACUCAUGCUUGAUAGAGAAAUCCCCUGGAAGGGACAAAUUUGUGAAGCUUCAUGAUGUGAUCCGAGAUGUUGCCAUACAUAUCGGCUCCACAAGAGAGGGCGGGGGUCUCAUCGUGGAUGCAGGAUUAGGACUGAAGGAAGCAUGCAGGGUUGAAGAAUGGGGAGAGGCCCAACGCAUAUCGCUGAUGCGUAAUGAAAUAGAGAGACUUCCAAAUCGGCCAGUGUGUCAGGCACUCACGACAUUGAUACUAAGAGAAAAUGAAAAUUUGAGUAACAUUCGGGAGGGCUUCUUUGAAUGCAUGGAAGCUCUAAAGGUGCUUGAUCUCAGUGAAACCGGCAUCCACUCGCUGCCACAAUUGUUAUCCAACUUGAAGAAUCUGCAUUACCUUUCUCUAAACGGUUGUAAGAACCUAGUUGAGAUUCCUCCUAUAGGAGGACUGGAGCAACUCCAAUUGCUGGAUUUGUCCUGUACCAAAAUCAAAAGAUUGCCGGAGAGGAUGGGAGAAGUAGCCAACUUAAAGCUUCUAAAGCUAGAGGGUACUCGUGAUCUUAAAUCCAUAAGACAUGGGAUCAUAUCAAGGCUAUCGCGUCUGGAGGAGCUGGACGUCAUGAGGAGCGGACAAGUGGUUUGGAAAACGAUGGAAAGAGAAGGAGCACGUUGGGAGGAAUUUGAAGAGUUGGAGCGCGCUCGAGUUCAUUACGGAUAAGCACCAAUGGGAAUGGCCCAUUUUUUAACAAAAAACAAUGGGAUCGAAAGAUAUUUGAUAAGAUAAAAGGAGUAGGGUGCCAAGGUUUCACCAGUCUUGAGCAACUACCGCCCACGAAAUGGUUGGAUCGUCUGAUGAUUGGAAGAUGUUCUCAAUUGGAUUUUGUUGCCCUUGAUGUUGUU